GAAAAAUAAAGAUCAAGUAAGAGGAAAGCGGGAAAAAUGGGAUAAGGUUUGGUCCAUACAAAGGCAGCCCAAACUUGCAUUAACUUGUCUGACCUUUUGCAGAUGUCAGUGCAAAAGGCAGUGCAUUCUAACCUCGUCAGUGUUGCGAGUGUUGUUUCUUCUAAUCGCCAUAACGAAUUGCAGAAAAUUACCAUAACACUCUUUAAGUGUGCGGGCUCGCCUCAAAGAAGCUUUUUCAAGAACUCCCGCUUUGAUUUUAUUACGUGUCGGCUGCUUUUAAAAUUUACACUCCAAACAGGAGACGGUCUUCGAACCCUGCAACUAAACUGUAUGUUUACUUGUGAAACUUUUAAUGUUAUCUAUUUGAUUCAAUGUCGCCUGUGUAAUCUACAAUAUAUUGGAGAAACUAAACGUCGCCUCAAAGACCGUUUUAAUGAACACAGACAACCCCUACUCAACCCUACUGGUAAUUACACCCAUACUGCAGUUUCAGAACAGUUUCUUACCAGCAAUCAUUCCGACAAUGAUAUGCUUUUGAUUCCUACUGAAAAACUUAAAAAUGGGCGUGAUUCUUUCAGGAAACCACGUGAAGCCCACCUUAUCCAUAAAGCUAAGACAAUUGAGCCUCUGGGCAUCAAUUAACGUGAUGAACUGUAACUAUAUAUAGUAUAUCUUUUAUUUUUUUGUUAUCUUCUCUUUUUAAGUAGCCACACCGUACCACGUCAUGUUAUAAAUUUCCGGUCAUUAUUUUACUUCAUAUAUAUUUCUGUAAAUUCGUGAC